UCCAGUCGAUAAUUCAGUCUUAUUCUAUACAUUUUGUCGGUAAAAUCAGUCUUAAAGUGAAAAAUAUCAAAGAUGCCUAAAUUGUAACAUAUCUACAUCAGUGACAAAUAAGUUCUGUUUGCUAUUCUAAUAAAAUAGUUAAAAAAGACGUGAAUAACCUUAAAAUCAACAAACUUAUUAAUAUUAUCCUGCAAUAGUGAUUACUACUCAACGCAAAUCAAAAUGGAUAUUGGAUUUUCUUCUUACCAUAACGGUGGCCCUGCCAGGGAACAAGAUUUUAGCAGGUUAUCUCAAACUAUAGGUACCUCUAUAUUGAAGAUAUCACAAAAUGUAUCUUCAAUGCAAAAAAUGGUUAAUCAAUUGGGUAGUUCUACAGAUUCACAAGAACUUAGAAACAAAUUGCAUCAAAUACAACAUUAUACACAACAACUUGCAAAAGAUACUAGUGGUCAUUUACGUGAUCUAGCUAAUAACUCGGGCUCAAGUAGCCCGGGAGAACAAAGGCAACGUAAAAUGCAACGUGAACGGCUACAGGAUGAAUUUACAACAGCGUUAAAUUCUUUCCAAGCUGUACAAAGACUCGCUGCCACAAAAGAAAAAGAAAUGGUUCGAAAAGCUAAAGCUAGUGCGGGUAUUGCUCCAUUUGGAGAAAAGAAACAGGAAACUUUAAUCGAAUUGCAAGAUAGCAGAACGCAGAAACAAAUACAACAGCAGCAAUUAAAAGAAGAACAAAAUUUACGAAUGUUAGAAGAACAAGAAGCAAGUAUAAGACAAUUAGAGAGUAAUAUCAGCGAUAUUAAUCAAAUUUUUAAAGAUCUUGGUGCUUUAGUGUAUGAUCAAGGGGAAGUUGUUGAUUCUAUAGAAGCUUCAGUGGAAAGAACAGAAGUAUCGGUCAAUGAAGCAACUUCUCACGUAAGGCAAGCAAGUGUUUAUCAAAAUAAGUUGCGUAAAAAAAAAUGUAUUCUUGUCAUAAUUGGAGUAAUAUUAUUGUCCAUUUUGAUUGGAAUUAUAGUUUGGCGAAGUUCUUAAACCUGUUGAUUAAUGAAUUUAAAUUUGAUAUUAGUAACAAGAUGAUGAAUAGGCGUCCUGUAAUUAUAAAUUACGACAUUAAAAAUGUUGUUAGAAUAUCUUACGGAAGUUAAACACUUUAACAUUACUAAGCAAGUGAAGUGUUUUUCCGAAAAAGAAAUAUAUAAGUAAAUUACGAUUUAUUUUUAUUUGAGAUGAUAAUUUGCAUCAGAUAUUAUUUGUGUAUAAGACUAAUGGUAUGUCUAUGAUUGUCCAAUAUAUUUAUAUCUUUAAUUACUUAAUAUAUUGUAUUAUUAUAUAUUAAAGUUUUAUGUAUACAUACGUACGUGUGUGUAUGUAAAAUAAUAUAAAUAUUAAGUAUAUAUUCAUGGUAAUCGUUUAUAUAAUUUUAAUAAUAUAUAUAUUUAAAAAUAUACAAGCUUAUUAUAAAAUAAUCACACGAAACACCAUACAAUAUGUUUAUGUGUAAUGAUCGAAUGAAUUUGUAUAGAUUGCUUAUUAUUAUAUUGCACUAUGUAAAUGAACUCAAAAUUUCUAUUCAUUCCUGGUAAAGCAUGAAAGUAAGUUAUUUACACAGAGUAUCAAAUAAUGUACGAUGUUGAUAUAAGUUAAUGUAUUAUAUUAUCUCUAAGAAUGUUGAUCUAUUUUAAUCAAAAUGUAAUAAACCUUAUAAUAAUCUUAAUUAUUUCUAUAAUACAUAAAAAUGUAA